CCGGCGGGAGCUGCUGCCAUGGCCGGCGGGGAGGAUGCGCCGCGCGUUCCGCUCCGCGCCCUGCUCCGCGCCGUCAACGCCUUCCUGCAGCAGCGCCGCUACCAUGCCGCACUCGCCGUCCUCAAGGGCUUCCGUAACGGGGCUGUUUAUGGAGCCAAAAUUCGUGCCCCACAUGCCCUGGUGAUGACUUUCCUAUUCAAGAGCGGAAGUUUAAGAGAGAAAUUGAAAUCGAUUGCUCAGGCUACGUACACUCAUUCCCGGAACUUGGCGUAUUUUGUGUUCACCUACAAGGGGCUGAUGGCAUUGCAGUCUCAACUACAGGGGAAAAAAAUUCCAUUUCAUUCUUUCUUUGCAGCCUGCAUUGGAGGUUGGCUAGUGUUCAGUGAGAACAAUCCCAUCAACAACCAGAUCAUCAUGUACCUGCUGUCUCGUGUGCUGUUUGGCUUGUCUCGGCUGGCAGUGGAGAAGGGCUAUGUCCCACAGCCAAAGCGGGAUCCCUUUCCAUUCAUCGCUGCUCUGCUGUGGGGGACAGUUCUCUGGCUCUUUGAAUACCACCGGCAAACUCUGCAGCCUUCUCUGCAGUCCUCCAUGACCUACCUGUAUGAAGAUAGUGAUGUAUGGCAUAACAUUUCUGACUUUCUCAUUUAUAACAAAAUGACAGACAGCAAGUAGGUGGUUCAUUGUAAAACACCU